AUGAAGCUUUUUAUAGAAGAUGUGCUGGUGUUAUUUCCAUACGAGUACAUAUAUCCGGAGCAGCUCGAGUACAUGACAGAACUCAAGAAGGGCCUAGAUCACGGUGGGCACAUGGUUCUUGAAAUGCCAUCGGGAACAGGAAAAACGAUAACCUUGUUGUCACUUCUAGUAGCGUAUCUUCAUCACCACGCGGAUGAGAAGCGAAAAGUCAUUUAUUGCACUCGAACUGUUGAGGAAAUGACAAAGACUGUCGGUGAACUGCGCAAGUUGCUCGAACUUUGGGAUGGUGAGGCGGGAGCUAACAGACUCCUACGAGGACUUUGCUUAACUGCAAAGAAAAAUCUCUGUAUUAGGAGCGAUGUUGCGUCCCAACGCUACCCGGAAGAUGUGGAUGCGGGGUGCCGUAGUCUUACGGCACCGUGGCAGACAAGCAACCGAUGCGUCUACUUUGAUAACUUGGAGCGUAUUCCCUUUGAUUUACCCCCUGGAGCGUAUUCGGUGGAAAACUUAAAGCGCUUUGGUGAAACGCACCAAUUAUGCCCCUAUUACUUGGCGCGGAAGGCCUUACGGGUUGCCGACAUCGUGGUUCACUCAUUUCUGUACAUUGUGGAUCCCAUUGUGGCUGAAGUGACCAAGGAGUACUUUAAUGAGAAUACAAUUGUCGUUAUGGAUGAGGGACACAACGUGGACGACGUGUGUAUUGAGGCCAUGUCUCUCAUCAUCACAAAAGAGGAUGCAAUGCAAGCAAAGGAGAAUGUGAAACAGCUGAAUGCAGCCACGGACCGUCUAAGAGCGACGAAUCGACAACAACUGCAAGAUGAGUAUGACCGUCUUGUGAAUGGUUUGGCAAUGGCUGAAAUGGCUCGCUCCGUGGACGGUGUGGUGGCGCCUGUGCACGCCCCUCGUAUUCCGUCAGACAUUGCUGAUGAAUCUAUUCCAGGGAGUUUGCGACAGGCAAGCCACUUCUUAGCAUUCAUUCAGCGUCUCGUUGAUUUUACCCAUCGUGUCGUUUGUAGAAUUUCCCGCACGUACGUGGCGGAUCCUCUAACAUUCCUAUCAAAAGUACGGGAUGAAUGCGCUGUGGAUAUUCGUCACUUCAGGUACCUGACGGAGCGGCUGAAGGUUCUAAUGAAUACCCUUCAGAUCACAAACUCGCAUAAAUUUCGUAAUGUGGCUUUGAUUGCACAGAUGUACAUGACUCUCUCUACUCACUACACCGAUGACCGGUAUGAAAAACCAGGAUUUGUGGUUGUAUGUGAGGCGCACGAUCCGACGAGGCCUGCUGUACCAGAUCCAGUGAUUCGUCUUGUUUGUGUAGAUGCUUCCUUAGCCUUACGUGAGGCCUUUGGAAAAUACCGAAGUGUGGUGUUGACGUCAGGGACACUUUCACCGUUAGACAUUUACCCCAAGAUUCUUGGAUUUACCCCGAGAAUCGCCAAGUCAUUCCAAAUGACUCUCAGUAGAAAGUGUAUAGCACCUGUGGUGGUGACGCGUAGCACGGAGAGUGUCAAUAUUACAACGGAAGAAAUCACCAGUAGUUUUGUUGUUCGUACAAAUCCUGUGGCUCAAGAUGUAGUUUCCUCAGCUUAUGAAGAUCUUUUACGAGGUCUUGGCAAAACUGUGCCUGAUGGGAUCGUCUGCUUCUUCACAGGGUAUCAGUAUAUGGGGGAGGUGCUUCUUGGAUGGCACCGAUCCGGAUUUUUGAAGGAGUUGGCUCAGUACAAACUCAUCUUUGUUGAAACCCAAUCAGUGGAAGAGACAUCUGUGGCAUUGGCAAACUAUAGGCGAGCGUGCGACAUUGGGCGUGGGGCUAUUUUUAUGGCCAUUGCAAGGGGUAAAAUUGCUGAAGGAAUUGAUUUUGAUCGUCACUAUGGAAGGGCCGUGGUAAUGUUUGGGGUUCCUUUUUUGCCACCAAAUGAUGAACCCUUGAGACAACGGAUUCACUGGAUGGAAACAUGUUUGGGAAUUCCUGGAAAUGAGUAUCGAAACUUUGAUGCCAUGAGGCAGGCCUCUCAAUGCAUUGGCAGGGUCUUGCGAAACAAGACCGACUACGGGAUGAUGUUGCUCGUUGACCGACGAUUUGCACUGAAUGACAAACGGAAAAAAUUGCCCAUAUGGAUUCAGCAGUGUCUGAAAGAGAACACAAAUCUCAGUGUGGAUGCAGCCAUCGCAGUUGCACGCGGAUUCUUCAAGGAAAUGGCGCAGCCUUGGGAAUACCAACACGACCUGGGAACCACUCUCUUCUCCAAGGAAACCCUCGCACUUAAAGGAUUUCUAAAACCCUCAAAGAGAUCCGUCCUUUGCAGAGCCACAGAGGCAUGUAGCAGUACUGCAGAGGAAGUGAUACAUGAAGAAGGGGAUGCCAUACGUGCAGUAAAGGAGCCAGAAGGUAGGAAGCGACCUCGGUGGUAA